UAAAAAUCUUGCAAAAUCAUCAUUGCUCGUGAAUCUAUUUGGCCUAUUUUAAAUUAAAAUUAUCAAACUGAUACGAGCCUAGUAUUAUUAUUUAUUAAAAUUAAACGUUUGGCGAGACCGAGCCUCAGAAAGAGACGAAGCCGCUCACUUUUUAGCAUCUUCGCUACAUUGUAGGAUACAGAAUUGAGCCCCGGAUCGCGGGAUUCGCGGGUCGCGCAAGACGUCGCUCGCUUCCGCUCGAUUAUGGACGUCGAUCGCGCGUGGAAGCGACAUCAUUUACGAGUCCCUCACGUGGCCGAGGACGCGUGGCGUUCGACCGGGCGACUCGGUGAAUCCGACGAUGACGUACAAACGUAAAAAGUACCACCGCGGCGACACGCAUCUGAAGAAGGGCUGGCGAACGAAGCGGAGAACGAAGGACCUGGACGAGAUCAACGAGGACCUCAGGGAGGAGAACGCGAGGAGUCUGCUGAACCAGGAGCCGGACUUCGACAGGCCCGGGGCGGCCCAGCAUUACUGCGUGCAUUGCGCGAGGUAUUUUGUAACCGAGGACGCUUUCCGUUCGCACGUCAAUACCAAGGUGCACAAACGACGGUUGAAAGCGCUCGAGUUGGAACCGUACAGCAUCGAGGAGUCGGAGAGAGCUGCGAGCAAGGGAAGCUAUGUUGCGCCACAGAAGCGGAAGAUUGCAACCGUGACGCGGGAGGAUCUCGACAAGAAGGACAUGGACGCCGAGCCAGAUGCUAAAGUGGCGAGAAUAAACGAAUAGUAGUCGAA